CAAGAGUCGUCUCAGGGACUGGGCGCGGCUGUGGGAAGACCGGCUUUGUAAGAGCGGAGAAAAGACUUGGACUGACAGGAGGGUGAGGAACAGCUAUGGCGGAAGGAGGCGAGGUCUCCGAUGCCGAUAGCGAUGAGACGAUUGUUGAGGGGUCCGUCGUCGAGAGCGACCUGGAAGAAAAAGAGCUUCGUGCCAAAAGAUUCUCUUUAAUGGAUAAAGACGCAUUAGCAAGAGAAACCAGCAUUACUGCAGGAGUAGCUAAUAUAUAUGGAGAAAAGCUAUCCCCAGAGAUUCCGUUUAAUUGCAUCAACUUCCACACCCAGAGACAACUGGGGCUAAUUAAUCUGCCAUAUCAAGAGAUUAAUGAAAAGGACGAAUCUCAAUCUCUGCUCCUGACUGAGAUAAACAAUGCUGUCAAUGCUACAAAUAUUUGCCAGCUUGAUUGCCUAUCAGCUGCAACUGUACAUGGAGAAUCUAAACUUUGUAUUGGUUUAAAUUCUAAAGUGGCUGGAGUUCUAGAGAUGUCAGACAGAAAUACAUUAAACAAGGAUGAUCCUCCAGAAAAAAGUCUUCUCUCAGAUAUGGAUGCAGUAAAGUCAUUUCCAAAUGAUGUGCCAAAAUACACAGAAAUGUCAGUGGCUUUCCAAAACGUUGGGAUGAUCAGUAGUAAGAAUGAUAUGGCAAAUAAUGAUCCAUUUCAUGAAGCAGUAGCAUCUAAUGAGAUUAUAAAUAGUAUCGUAGCUAAAAUGUUUGGAGUGAAACUUGUAAUAAAACCACUUGAUGAAUUUGAAACCACCCAAAUGUCUGACAUGUUAGAGUUUCAGGAUGCUGCUUUUUCUAUGGAUACAUCUGUAAAUGAGGAGAGCAAUACUUUGCCAGAAGAGCUUCUCACAGCACUGAACACCUUGACAGAAUCUGUAGUGCCAGUGGAAAACAGAAGUGGCUAUAGCACAGCAGAGAAGCAGCUAACCCUGGAACAGACAAAUGAUGAUGCCACAGAAAUAAUAGAUACAGAUUUAAAAUCUCAGCGUCAUUUGCAAUGCCAUGAAGAACCAAAAGCUUUAAUGAUGGACAAGAUGUCAUACACUUCAGGCCAACAUAUUGAUUAUGACCAGUGUAUACAUCCAUUGUGCUGUUCAGACCCUCAAAAAACUGCUUGUCAUGACAGACCACCUAAAAAAGGAGAUUCAGUUUUAAAAGACAUUCAUUCAUGUGAACAACUUUUGCAAGGAACUGCAUGUGCAGUAAGGAAAUCAGCCCACCAAAGAAAGAGCUUUGCUAUAAAUGAUGUAGAUAAUACUUCUGACUGCCAGCAAUUUCUAGAAGGAAUGCAUCAGAAGAUGCACAGAUUUAAUGAUAAAGAGUAUGAAUCUUCACAACUGGACAUUUGCACGUGCCAUUGCUCAUCUUCAGAUGCAAAUACCAAAAUUGAGCAAGUGAGGAAAAGCCAGAGGAUUGCCAAGAAAACCAGAAAGCAGACCAUUUUUAAUUGUUCCAACGACUCCUCGUGUAAUUAUAUUUCACUGUCCGUAAUCAACAGAAGAGACACUUUUGGUCAGACAUUGUUGCAUAGAGCUGCUACAGAAGAUGACCUAGAUGGUAUAUGUGCAAUGAUAAAAGCUGGUGCAAAUGUUAAUGUCCAGGACUAUGCAGGUUGGACUCCAUUACACAAGUCCAGUUUGGCUGGUUGUUUUGAAAUAUCAAAUGAACUUUUAAAAGCAGGAGCUGAUGUUAAUUGUAAAGGAUAUGAGCAAGUUACACCAUUACAUGAUGCUGUUAAAGAAGGUCACUACAAGGUAGCAGAAUUAUUGCUUUGGUAUGGAGCUGACCCACUGUUCAAGAAUGAAAGAGGAAAGAAUGCCUUAGAAGAAGCUACUGACAAAUGUAUGAGGAAACUAGUGGAAAGUUUUAUAGCUCAGUCUGGUAAAAGAUCAGCAUCAGAUUCUUCACAAUCUAGGAAAAAGUCAAAAACAACUUCUAGUCAUCUGCAAAGUACUACAACACGUAGAACAAACAAGAGAAAUGCUAAAGGAGAAACUCAUUUGCAUUUAGCUUCUAAAAAAGGAAAUUUAUCUUUAGUGAAAUCUUUGAUAGCAUCUGGAGCAUGUGUAAAUCAAAAAGAUAAUGCAGGUUGGACACCAAUUCAUGAAGCUUCUAAUAGGGGAUUUAUUGAGAUUAUUGCAGAACUACUAAAAGCCGGUGCUGAUGUGAACAGUAAAAGCCUAGAUGGUGUUUUGCCCAUUCAUGAUGCUGUUUCAGGCAACCAUUUUGAGGCAGUACGGUUGCUGUUGCUCCAUGGUGCAAACCCCAACGAAAGAAACAACAAUGGGGAAAAUGCCCUGGAUGAAGCUACUUGUGACCAGAUUAAAGAGCUUCUUAAGUCUUAUGGUGCUACUGAAGUCAAAGAGACUGUUUUGAUGAGUCAUGAUGCUGGAAAAAGAGAGCUAUGCACAUCUAGGCUUAGGAGAAAACCUAAUUGUUAUGGUUGCCGUGAAAAGGAGAACCUGGUUUUACAGCCCAGUUUGGCUGGACAAAAACAUAGCACACAUGAAUCGAUCAGUAAAGCAUUGCAGGACAUAGAAGAUGAACAGGAUAGACUUUUGCUAUUUGAACUGAAAUGCCAAAGAGAUGCAGAUCUGUACAUCCAAGACAUUUCUCAGAUACAGAACUCUUUGAAUACUAUACUUGCCAGACAGAAAUUUGAACGAGAUGAGCUUGCUAAGAAAUAUAGAGCUUCUGUGGAAUCUUUUAAACAGGGAGUGCUGAGAGAAAAGUUAGUAAAGCUUGCAGCCCGACAAAAGAACCUUUUGCUUAUGGCACGAAAACAGAAAGAAUUAGCAGAAAAAAUACAGAAUUAUAAAAAUGCAAAAAAGGAGGCUUCACAGUUAGCAAACCAAGUCCCAGACACACUUGAUUCUUAUGAAAACAGCAAUACAAACAGUGGUACUUCUGGUGAAACAGUGCCAUGCCCUAACAUAAUUAUGGGCCUUGAGAGCAUCUGGGACAAGGAAAAAAAUUCUUUAAAUCAAGACCAUGCAAACAGAUUUCCAGAUACAUCAGGAGGAAAUGGAGAACUUAAUAGUCAGAAGAAAGGUAGCCCACAGGUUUUGGUAUGUGAAAGCAAUGUGAAGGAAUAUAAUAUUGCAGAAAUAACAAAUUCAGAGUCCUCUGAUGCUAUGGAUUCAGCAACAUUGCUUCCAAACUCUAUGACAAGUUCUACUCAACAGUCAAAAGAAAUUGAUUGUAUAUCAGUGACACCACAAGAAAGCCAGAAUAUAAGUGUCACAUCAAGAUUGCUUAAUAACUCAGCAACUGGAGGUGGGAAUAAGAAUAAGAAUAUCCAUCAGCCAUCUAUUGAAAAUCAAAAUAUUUGCAUGAAUAAGCCUUUGUCACAACAUUCAAGUAUAAACAAUGCUUUCUCAAUACAACCUAUUGUAGAGUUAGAAUCCACACGUAGCUUUGUUGGUACUCAUCAGGAUAACAGAGCCCCAAAUAAAAAAAUCUCACUUAAUGUUAAUUUAGAAUCUCCAGGGACAUUUUCUCAUGUAAUAUCACAAAACAGGAUCAGUCAGAAUUCUUCCCAGUAUUUGAACAAUCAAGAUUCUGAAGAACAGCUACGUUUCAAGACAAACAGGAAGAAAAAAAAUCAAUUAUUAGAUCUGCUUGAACUGGAAAAAAUUAAGCCAGGAGAUGAUGUUCUAGAAUUCACACUACAGGAUUCCAAACAUAAAGCUAGCCUUCUGGGAAAUGGCAAAGUCCAAACCGGAAACAACUCAGUUUAUCAAAAUCCAGUUCAGUGGAUUAAGGCAAUAUUAGGAAAUGACAUUUCUGUAAGCUGGAAAUAUGUAUACAAUAAGGUCACAUACUGUGGAACACCAUUAUCAACAAUUAUUGCUGAACUUCAGGUUCCUAAAGAACCAGAAUUACUAUUGCAACAAAAAAAUCUGCUUGACUCUUCCUGUCAAGCUAAUUCCUCAAAAACAUCCAGCUUUCUGCAGUUCAACAAAAUAAUGUUAAUAACAGAUGAAGAAUUUCUGCCAUGCCGUGCAGGAGAAGAAUGCUGGGACUUCUAUGUCAACUGUGAAAAUUUUGGAUUUUAAAGAAAAUUUUGGAUAUUUCCUAGAAUAUCUGUAGCACUGCAAAUGUGCAUUCCUUGUAUUAAACAAAACAUUAAAGCUGUUAAAUGGAGAUAUUUGUGAACUCCAGCAUGUAAAGAGGUCAAGGAAGUGCUGCAAACUAUUUCACAGUAGUCUUUCAACAGCUUGCUGUGAGGGAUGCUAAAAUAGUGGUACUGAAGUGAUUGAUUAUUGGCUUAGGCAACACGAUAAUAUCAGAUAUCACCACAGGGCUGAAGGAAAAUCUGUAGGAAGGACGGAAGUUAUGUUUUGUGCUAACAGUGUUGGAAACAACUCUAAUUCAAAUGUCAAAAUUGUCAUGAAAUUAAAAAGCUACAUUAGAAUGAGGAGUAAGAUAUUUUAAACAAGGCUUAUUGUGUCCCAUUUGUCCUUUCAGCCCUGUUAUGUUGCAAUUAUGUUUUUCCUUUGUUACAAGAAGUCUACUCAAGUUUUAUGUGCAGGAAUGCCUGUGAAAUGUAUGAAGGAU